CCCGCCGGGCGCCGGGCCAUGGCGCUGCUGCAGGAUGUGUCGCUGCAGGAUCCGCGGGACCGCUUCGAGCUGCUGCAGCGCGUGGGGGCCGGGACCUAUGGCGACGUCUACAAGGCCCGCGACACGGUCACGUCCGAACUGGCCGCGGUCAAGAUAGUCAAGCUAGACCCAGGGGACGACAUCAGCUCCCUUCAGCAGGAAAUCACCAUCCUGCGUGAGUGCCGCCACCCCAAUGUGGUGGCCUAUAUUGGCAGCUACCUCAGGAAUGACCGCUUGUGGAUCUGCAUGGAGUUCUGCGGAGGGGGGUCCCUGCAGGAGAUUUACCACGCCACCGGGCCCCUGGAGGAACAGCAGAUUGCCUAUGUCUGCCGAGAGGCACUGAAGGGGCUGCACCACUUGCAUUCUCAGGGGAAGAUCCACAGAGACAUCAAGGGAGCCAACCUUCUCCUCACCCUCCAGGGAGAUGUCAAGCUGGCUGACUUUGGGGUGUCAGGCGAGCUGACGGCGUCUGUGGCGAAGAGGAGGUCUUUCAUUGGAACUCCAUACUGGAUGGCCCCGGAGGUGGCCGCCGUGGAGCGCAAAGGUGGCUACAAUGAGCUGUGUGACAUCUGGGCCCUGGGCAUCACUGCCAUCGAGCUGGGCGAGCUGCAGCCCCCUCUCUUCCACCUGCACCCCAUGAGGGCCUUGAUGCUGAUGUCAAAGAGCAGCUUCCAGCCGCCGAAGCUGAGAGACAAAACUCGCUGGACCCAGUAUUUCCAUCACUUCCUCAAGCUUGCCUUGACCAAGAACCCCAAGAAGAGGCCAACAGCAGAGAAGCUCCUGCAGCACCCCUUCACGACCCAGCAGUUGCCUCGGGCUCUCCUCACACAGCUGUUGGACAAGGCCAAUGACCCCCACCUGGGAACCCCCUCCCCAGAAGACUGUGACCUGGAGACUUACGACAUGUUUCCCGACACCAUUCACUCCCGGGGGCAGCACGGCCCAGCCGAGAGGACCCCCUCGGAGAUCCAGUUUCACCAGGUGAAAUUUGGUGCCCCACGAAGGAAGGAAACAGACCCACUGAACGAGCCGUGGGAAGAGGAGUGGACCCUGCUGGGAAAGGAGGAGCUGAGCUCGAGCCUGCUGCAGUCAGUCCAGGAGGCCCUGGAGGAAAGGAGCCUGACCAUCCGGCCAGCCUUGGAACUCAGGGAGCUGGACUCCCCAGAUGACACCGUAGGAACCAUCAAGAGGGCCCCGUUCUUGGAGCCAUCCCCCACUGAGCCUCCAGCUGAGGACCUUCAAUCCAACCUCCUAGGAACCGCACCUGCACCUCUCCCAGGCCCUGACAGCCCCCCGCUGCUCUCCACUGCCUGGGCCACCGUGAAGCACCGGGAUGAUCAUGAGAGGUCAUCCUGCCGUGGGCUCCCCCCGACCCCCAAGGUGCACAUGGGUGCCUGCUUCUCCAAGGUCUUCAAUGGCUGCCCCCUGCGGAUCCACGCUGCUGUCACCUGGAUUCACCCUGUCACCCGGGACCAGUUCCUGGUGGUGGGGGCCGAGGAAGGCAUCUACACCCUCAACCUGCAUGAGCUGCAUGAGGAUACGCUGGAGAAGCUGAUUUCACACCGCUGCGCCUGGCUCUACUGCGUGAACAACGUGCUGCUGUCACUCUCAGGGAAAUCCACGCACAUCUGGGCCCACGACCUCCCAGGCUUGUUUGAGCAGCGGCGGCUACAGCAACAGGUCCCCCUCUCCAUCCCCACCAAUCGCCUCACUCAGCGCAUCAUCCCCAGGCGCUUUGCCCUCUCCACCAAGAUUCCUGACACCAAAGGCUGCCUGCAGUGUCGUGUGGUGCGGAAUCCCCACACAGGCAGCACCUUCCUGCUGGCCGCGCUGCCCACCAGUCUGCUUCUGCUGCAGUGGUAUGAGCCGCUGCAGAAGUUCCUGCUGCUGAAGAACUUCUCCAGCCCCUUGCCCAGCCCAGCAAGGAUGCUGGAGCCGCUGGUGCUGGAUGGGAAGGAGCUACCGCAGGUGUGCGUGGGGGCCGAGGGCCCCGAGGGGCCCGGCUGCCGCGUCCUGUUCCACGUCCUGCCGCUGGAGGCUGGCCUGACCCCGGACAUCCUCCUCCCACCCGAGGGGCUUCCGGGCUCAGCCCAGCAGGUGAUCCAGGUGGACAGGGACACAGUCCUAGUCUGCUUUGACCGCUGCGUGAGGAUCGUCAACCUGCUGGGCGAGCCCACGGCGACCCUGGCGCCUGUGCUGACCUUUGACUUCGCCAUUGAGACUGUGGUGUGUCUGCAGGACAGUGUGCUGGCCUUCUGGAGCCAUGGGAUGCAAGGCCGCAGCCUGGACACUAAUGAGGUGACCCAGGAGAUCACAGACGAGACAAGGGUCUUCCGAGUGCUUGGGGCCCACAGAGACAUCAUCCUUGAGAGCAUUCCCACCGACAAGCCGGGGGCUCACAGCAACCUCUACAUUCUCACGGGCCAUCAGAGCAGUUACUGAGCCAGUGGGCCGGCCUGGCCAGGGGCAUCCCGCGCCCGCCCCAGGCCUUAGCGGCAGUUCUUUUAGGGAGAGGGGCCCCUCCCAGAUCAGAGGAGCCCAGGCCCCGGCUCUGCUGGCCUGAAGGGCAGAAAUCCUGAGAAGAGUUUGGGGGCUGGGGAGGGUAGGGGUGCCUAGCCCACACCUCUGCAAUAACUGGACCAGAGGAAGCUGCUGUCACCUCCCCCUCCCUGGCGGGCAGCCAGUCCCCAGUGCCCCCUGGCAGGGGGGCCCUGGGCUGGUUGGGGGCGGGCCCGGGGCUAUCCAUUCCAUUUGGUUCCACAUUUCCUUUCCACUCUUCCUGCCAAGAGCCUGCCCCUGUGCUCUGUCCUGGGGAACAUGGUAUUUAAAAGAGAGACUAUAUUGGUA